AUGAAGUUGGAUGUUACUAAACAAUUUUCAACUCGUUCCGAUAGGGUUAAGGGUAUUGAUUUUCACCCUACCGAACCAUGGAUUUUAACAACAUUGUAUAAUGGUAAGAUAGAAAUUUGGUCAUAUGCUACCAAUACCUUGGUCAAGUCAAUUCAAGUGACGGAAUUGCCUGUUCGUACAGGUAAAUUUAUUGCUCGUAAGAACUGGAUAGUUGUUGGCUCAGACGAUUUUAAUGUUAGAGUGUAUAAUUACAACACUGGUGAAAAAAUCUCGCAAUUUGAAGCACACCCUGACUAUAUUAGAAGCAUAGCUGUCCAUCCCUCUAAGCCAUAUAUUUUGACGUCAUCCGAUGAUAUGACCAUCAAGUUGUGGAAUUGGGAAAAUAAUUGGAAGUUGGAGCAGAUCUUCGAGGGCCACCAACAUUACGUUAUGAGUGUAAAUUUCAAUCCCAAAGAUCCAAAUACAUUUGCAUCUGCCUGCUUGGAUAGAACGGUCAAAAUUUGGUCUUUGGGGUCUUCACAACCGAAUUUUACUUUGAUUGCUCAUGAGGUGAAAGGUGUAAACUACGUUGACUAUUACCCUCAAUCGGAUAAGCCUUAUUUAAUUACUUGUUCCGAUGAUAAGACGAUAAAAGUUUGGGACUAUCAAACGAAGUCCUGUGUGGCGGUAUUAGAGGGACAUUUGUCAAAUGUGUCAUUCGCUAUUUUCCAUCCCGAAUUACCAUUAAUUGUUUCAGGUUCAGAAGAUGGUACUGUUAGGUUCUGGAACUCUAAUACUUUCAAACUAGAAAAAUCGAUAAAUUAUAGUUUGGAAAGGGUAUGGUGUAUCUCCCUUCUUCAAAAGUCUAACUUAGUUGCAGUUGGUUGCGAUUCAGGUUAUGUCGUUAUAAAGUUGGGUAACGAAGAACCAUUGUUUUCAAUGGAUUCCAAUAAUAAAUUGAUCUAUGCAAAAAACUCAGAAGUCUAUCAGUCCAUUAUCAAGCCGGGCUCCUCUGAAGGGCUCAAGGAUGGGGAAUCGUUAUCUUUGCAACAAAGAGAGCUUGGAUCUAUAGAGAUAUAUCCUCAGUACUUAGCUCACUCGCCUAAUGGAAGAUAUGCUACGGUUUGCGGGGACGGUGAAUACAUUGUAUAUACUGCACUAGCUUGGCGAUCUAAAGCUUAUGGUAAUGCUUUAGACUUUUGCUGGAACACUCAAGAUUUUUCUAAUAACUGUCAAUUUGCCAUUAGAGAAUCACCCUUAUCAGUAAAGACCUACAAAAAUUUUCAAGAACAUCAGAAAAUUGAUCUCAUUUAUCAAGCUGAUAAAAUUUUUGGAGGAGCUUUAUUGGGUGUCAAACUGGAAGGAUGCAUUUCCUUCUAUGACUGGACAUAUGGAAAAUUAGUGAGACGAGUCGAUUUGGAUGAUGACAUUCAGGAUGUAAUUUGGUCCGAUAAUGGUGAACUUUUGGCAAUUAUCACAUCUUCAUCAGUCGGCGAAAGUUCAAAUAAUCUUAUUGGUUCUAAGAAGAGCGAUGAGACUUACUUUUUGAGCUAUAGUGCUCCUACCUUUGAAGAGGCAUUAGAGAGAGACGAAUUAGAUCCUGAAGAGGGCGCUGAUUCAGCAUUUGAUGUUUUGUAUACGAUGCCUACAUCUGAACCCAUUUUGUCUGGGAAGUUUAUCGGAGAUGUGUUUAUUUAUACUACAGGAACUUCGAAUAGAUUGAAUUAUUUUGUUGGAGGUGAAAUAAUCAAUUUGGGACAUUUUGAUCAUAAAUACUACAUUGUUGGAUACAAAGCUAGUGAUGGCAAGUUGUAUCUUACCGAUAAGUCAUUCAAUGUUGUUCCAUGGUAUCUUAAUGCUGAUGUCUUAGAACUUCAGACUUUAGUCAUGAGAGGUGACUUAGAACAGUUUGCAAAGGGUUCGAUAUUAGAGGAAGAAACAGGUGAAGAAAUUCCAGAAUUAUCUUCUAUAGUUCCCGGUGAUUUGUCCGAAGAAUACUCUAGUCUUUUAACUGGAUUCAAUAAAACUGAAAUGAAUCAACUAUCGAGAUUUUUCGAAAAGUUAGGAUAUCUAGGAUUAUCAUUUGCGUUGUCUCAAGAUUUUGAUUCAAAGUUUCAAAUAUCUCUAUCAACAGGAAAUUUAGAGCAGGCAUUCAAUUUGCUUUCGUCGCACCAAAAAGAGAAUCCAUCCACUGCAAUUAUGAAUUCUAAUAAAUGGAAAAAAUUAGGAGACUUGGCAUUGACCAUGUGGAAGAUAAAGCUUGCUCAAGAAUGUUUUUGGUUAGCUAACGAUCAUGGUUCCUUAUUGCUAUUGUUGUCAUCAUCGAACAACAGGGCCGGUCUUAGGCAACUAGCCGAAGAAUGUGAAGCGAAAGGAAAAUAUAACAUUGCAUGGCAAUCAUGGUGGUUAAGUGGAGAAAAAGACAAAUGCUUAGAAUUGUUAAUUAAGAGUGAAAAGGACACAGAGGCUGCAUUCUUUAGUGCUAAUUACUCAGGUGAUAAAGAUGAUGUGGCGAAUGCAGUUAAUGCAUGGAAAGAAAAGUUGAAGUCUAAUAAUAAACUGAAAAUCAGCGAUCGGCUCAUAGAAAAUUUUGAGAAUCUUAGCAUAUCCAAAAAUGGAACAGCAGAUACCGAGACUUUGAUUGACCUUAAUGAUUCAGGUUUAAACGAAGGAACGGAAUCUCCUCAAAUUCAAAACGGAGGUGACCUCGAUGUUUAA